CCAGGGGGGGCUACUUGGACUUGCUGCCGCGCAUUCGGCGCAUGCGCACUAUAGAAUACAGCUAAAACGACGCCAAAGAAAAGUGAAAUUUAAGUAUCGACUCAAUCGUGUACAUGUCGUUCCGACGCGGAUACCAACGUGGUAUCGAUGCCAUCGGUGCUUUGGAUCGACCCGCCCACCGCUACCGGACCGACUCUGUCCGGACAGCAGACAUGGCUCCGUGAAGCUGACACAUGGCAGCUAGAAGCCAUGACCAAAAAAAAAAACAACUCACUCAAAACCUGACCAUGUCUAAAUAGCAGCAGCUUCUACUAUUUUUUUCUUUUCUUUCCUAAAUUACUCCAACUCCGGCAAUUACGCACAGCUUCUAACCGGCUGUCAGUCCCUGUCAGGGGAAGAGGAGGCGCACUGCAACCCUCCGGUUUACUCUCAUCUGAUAUUUUGCUCCUUUUUUUUUUCCUCCUCUCCCCACAGUAAUUUUUUUUUUAAGUUUUCCCAUCUUCUCUAACAGAAGCUCAACAUGGGCGUCCAAGGCUUUCAAGAGUACGUAGAAAAGCACUUCCCCAGCGCCGUGGUGCCGGUGGAGCUCCAGAGGUUGGCCCGGGGCAGCUUGGUUGGAGGUGGCCGGCAGAGACCCCCCCAGACCCCCCUGAGGCUGCUGGUGGACGCGGAGAACUGCCUCCACCGGCUCUACGGAGGCUUCUACACGGACUGGGUGAGCGGCGGCCAGUGGAACCACAUGCUGGGCUACCUGGCAGCCCUCUCCAAGGCCUGCUUCGACGGCAACAUUGAGCUCCUGGUGUGCUUCAAUGGCGCCCUGGAGAAGGGCCGUCUCCACGAGUGGGUCAAGCGGCAGGUGAACGAGAGGCAGACCGCUCAGCAGAUCGUGAGCCACGUCCAGAACAAGGGCACCCCGCCGCCCAAAGUCUGGUUCCUGCCCCCGGUGUGCAUGGCGCACUGCAUCCGCCUGGCUCUCCUCAGGUUUCGCGUCGGGGUCGUCCAGAGCAUCGAGGACCACCACCUGGAAGUGAUAGCCCUGUGCAGGGAGAGCGGCUUCCACGGCCUGGUGGCCUACGACUCGGACUACGCCCUGAGCAACAUCCCGUACUACUUCAGCUCCCACGCCCUCAAACUGAGCCGCAACGGCAAGAGCCUCACCACCAGCCAGUACCUGAUGCACGAAGUAGCGCGGCAGCUCGACCUCAACCCGAACCGCUUCGUCAUCUUUGCGUCACUUUUAGGUAACCACAUACUGCCUGACGAAGACUUGGCUGCCUUUUACUGGAGCUUACUCGGCCCAGAGCAUCCGUUAGCAUCUUUGAAGGUUCGUGCCCACCAGCUCGUGCUCCCCCCCUGCGACGUUGUGAUCAAGGCUGUGGCCGACUACGUCCGCACCAUCCCAGACAUCACCGACCUGGAGACCAUCGCUAAGGACAUCUUCAAGCAGUCGCAGUCUUGCACUGAUGACAAAGUCGUCCGCUUCAAGAAGGCGGUGGCGUACUACUCUGCAGCCAGCAAACCCCCUCACUACCCUCCACAGUUAGUCAGACCAAAAUACGCGGGAGCGCCUGCUGCAGUGCCGACUCCAAACCUGCCUGACAUUCCACAGGUUCCACUGCCUUUAAAACCUGGGGUCCAGCACUCGUACCCAGAGCCUCCGGGAGAGAGCAGUUUGUCCGUGGACUCUGUGGAGCAAAACAGCUUCGGCAACAUUCCUCGUGAGGGGAGGCACACACCGCUGUACGAGAGGUCCUCUCCCAUCAACCCGGGCCAGGCCGGCAGCCCCAACCACACAGAGGCUGCUUUCUUCAACGCCUCCUCCACAUCCUCCUCCUCGGAGAAUGACGAGAGCUUAUGCACAACAGCCAAUCACGUUAGUGGCCAUAAGGAAGCGUGGGAGAAAAAUGGACACUCUGACAACACACCAGAGGGAGAUCUGGAGGACCAGUCCAAACCUGACCUCUGUGGUAUCUCCGCUACAAGCCCAGGGUCACAGGCUGGAGGUGUCCACAGCUUGAACGCACACAUCCCCUCCCUGCUCUCCAUGACGACAAGGAACCACAUGGACAUCACCAUCCCGCCUCUCCCUGCAGUGGCGCCAGAAGUCCUGCGGGUGGCCGAGCACAGACACAAGAAGGGCCUUAUGUACCCCUACGUCUACCAUGUUCUUACCAAGGGAGAGAUUAAGCUCUCUGUCACCAUUGAAGAUGAAGCCAACAAAGACCUGCCUUCGGCCGUGCAGCUGUUUCGACCCAUCCGUCAGUAUGUUUACGGAGUUCUCUUCAGCCUGGCAGAGGCCAGGAAGAAGGCUGAGAGAUUCUCCAUGAGGAAGAACUGCCUCCCUGAAUACGCACACGUCAUGGUCAAAGAGUGGGCAGCUUACAAAGGCAAGUCUCCGCACACUCCAGAGCUGGUGGAGGCUCUGCCCUUCAGGGAGUGGACUUGCCCCAACGUGAAGAAGCUGUGGCUGGGGAAGGCCGUGGAGGACAAGAACCGCCGGAUGCGGGCGUUCCUGGCCUGCAUGCGCUCCGACACCCCGGCCAUGCUCAACCCGGCCAGCGUCCCCACGCCGCUCCUCGUGCUGUGUUGCGUGCUGCGGUUUAUGUUACAAUGGCCGGGAGUAAGAAUUUUGCGUCGUAACGAACUUGACGCUUUCCUAGCCCAAGCACUUUCUCCUAAACUUUAUGAGCCUGACCAGCUGCAGGAACUGAAGAUAGACAACCUGGACCCACGUGGCGUCCAGCUGGCUGCUCUGUUCAUGAGCGGAGUGGACAUGGCUCUGUUCGCCAACGAUUCGUGCGGGCAGCCCAUUCCCUGGGAGCACUGCUGUCCGUGGAUGUACUUUGACGGCAAGCUGCUGCAGAGCAAACUCAUCAGGGCCAACAGGGAGAAGGCCCAGCUCAUCGACCUCUGUGAUGGUCAGGCUGAGCUGGCGACCAAGGUGGAGAAAAUGCGUCAGAGCAUCCUAGAAGGUCUCAACUUCACCCGACCCCCUCAUCCUUCUAUGUUUCCACCACUGCCGCCACCACCUCCUCACGGGGUGCCUUUCUACUCCCCCAACUGCUCCUUCUACCCUCCACCGCCGAUGAUGCAUCCCACGGGACGAGGCAGGGGGGUACCCGGACUUCAAGGAGUGUCGACACCAGGAGGGAAGCUUGAGAUUGCCGGCACUGUGGUGGGUCAGUGGGCUGGUACUCGACACAUCCGAGGCAGAGGAGGCUUCCCUGUUCAGGUGGUGUCUGUCGGUGGAUCAAACAGAGGUCGUCCCAGAGGUGUGAUUUCUACUCCUGUCAUUCGGACGUUCGGCCGAGGGGGGCGCUACAACUGCCGAGUCUUCAAGAGCCAGACGGCCUACUUUAACAAGCCUGCACAUAAGCCUGCUCAGACAUCUGGGCCCGAAGCAGUGAAAGACAGAAAGAAGACCAAACCGGAGGAGAAGAAGUGUUCGGCCACAGAGAACGGCUCGGCCGCGGAGAACGGCUCGGCCACGGAGAACGGCUCGGCCACGGAGAACGGCUCGGCCACGGAGAACGGCGUGGCCGAAGACAAAGAGCCGGAGCAGCUGAACGGCGACAAACGGGAGGACGGGGCGGCGUCCAGCAUCCAGCCUGAAAGUGCCUUUAGCAGCGAACCCAAGAUGUGCAAUACUAAUCCUCACUUAAAUGCACUAAACGUAGACAGCGGCUGUCGCGCAGACGACGGCCUAAUGGCCGCUGUCUUACAAAAAGAAGAGUAAGCCUAUUUUUCUAGAGAGGGUGGAGGAUGGAAGAUGGAACUGGUGUUAGGAAUAUCUGGAAAGUUUGGAAAAGCCUACAGUUAACGUACAUUUUUCAUCGAGGUGUAAAUGAGAUCCCUCUCAGUAAUCAGACGACACGCGACACUGCUAGUUAAAGGAGCUCUUCACUCCCUUGUCACCGAGACUUUUACACGUCUACACGAAAUGAUAAUUUACCUUUUCAUUAUUAGAAUACGUGAGCUUCAAGGAGCUUGAUUUGGAAACUGUUUCAGUUCUUAUAGGUUGAUAUCCUUCCUGCACGCAGGGGCAGAGUUCUCUCAUGGUACGGUUAUGAAUUUUGUGUUGUCACAGCAACCGCUUGAUGAAAACCUGAUGAGAGAAAGAUAGAAAGAAAGAAUGAAAUCUUCGGCUUCGGUCACCACUUUGAGUUCAGCUCAGCUCAAUGCAAAUUAAGUCAUUUAACUGUUAAGUUUUCAGGUUAACGGCUCUAGAGAGAGAGAGAGGAUAAAAAAAUAAAAAUAAAAAAACAAACCUUCUCAAAACGCUUCUGGAAUCAAGCGCAGGGCUGAACCGCUACAAACGAAAAACCUUCUGCAUGGUUCACAGUUCGCAAGCUGUGUAGUUAUUAUGCAUGUCGUCCUUUUAACUCCCAGCCUUCCUAGUACCAUGCCUAUUUGCAAAUUAACAAAAUGGCUAAUACCGGUGAAAGCCCAUAAAAAAGGUGUUAACUGUUAUUAACAGAUUAGUUCUGACCUUGAUUUAUUAUUAUUAUUAUUAUUAUUAUUAUUAUUAUUCUUUGUGAUAUUGACCUCUGUUGAAUAUAAUUAAAAGCAAGGAAUUAUUAUCUAGCCACUUUGAAAUAGUGUAUUCAUACAGUAUUGUUCUUUGUUGCUGUUCUGCUAAGUUGAAUAUCUGGAAAAAAAAGAAAAAAAAAACAUGCGAAAUAACAGCUUUGAUGAAAACCUCCCCUCCCGUAGCUGAAAAGUCCCACGUUCCACCCCCCCCAGUGAAGACGUCAGAGAUUCCCCCUUCGUUGUUGUUUUCGCACUCUUACGACCAGAAUCUCCUCCAGAAUCAGCAUUUAACAUUUCCACUUAAUUAUCCCGAAGCUUUUCAUCUUUUCAUCAGUGAUCACAGUAAUGGGGGUAUCCCCCCCGCCGCCCCUCCGCCCCCCACCCCCUCCUCCUUUCUGCAAGAGCUAAAUAGUAAUACCUUCUGUGUGAGUUGAUUAGACUUUCCUCCUAAUUCAUGAAUUGUAAGAGGAUGAACUGCUGUUGGGUUUGAUUGAAUGUUGAUGGAUUGUGAUGUGGUGUAUUUGAAGGCAACUUAGCAACAGUGCUUAAUAAAACUAUAUUCUUUUAGUA